AUGGCCGAAGGGGAAAUCACGACCUUCACCGCCCUGACCGAAAAGUUCAACCUUCCCCUGGGGAACUACAAGAAACCCAAACUCCUGUACUGCAGCAAUGGGGGCCACUUCCUCCGGAUCCUCCCAGACGGCAAAGUGGAUGGGACCAGGGACCGAAGCGACCAGCACAUUCAACUCCAGCUAAGUGCGGAAAGUGUGGGAGAGGUGUAUAUAAAGAGCACGCAGUCUGGGCAGUACCUGGCGAUGGACACCAACGGGCUGCUCUACGGCUCGCAGUUACUGGGUGAGGAGUGCCUGUUCCUUGAAAGGCUCGAAGAAAACCAUUACAACACGUAUGUCUCCAAAAAGCACGCAGAUAAGAACUGGUUUGUUGGUCUGAAGAAGAACGGGAACAGCAAGCUGGGGCCGCGGACUCACUACGGCCAGAAGGCGAUCCUCUUCCUCCCGCUGCCUGUCUCGGCCGACUAA